AUGGCUCUGGGGAUUCUUGAGCCAAAUGUCGAGCACGUUCCGGGGACGGUGUAUGUGUAUGAAUCGGAGCAACGACAUGCUGAGCUUCUGGAGACUGCUCAACACCUGAAGAAGGACAAGACGGGUCGAGUCAUUCUAGUCCCUCAGCCCUCGAAUGACCCAAACGAUCCCUUGAAUUGGCCUAUUUGGCAACGCGAUCUGAUUCUAGGAAUUCUUUGCUUUGUCUCCUGCCUUGCCACGACAGCCUCUCCUCUCCUUGCCGCGGAUUCAACGACUCUCGCAAUCGUCUUCAAGCGAACCUUUCAAGAUGCUGCCCUUCUCACAGCCUACCAUCUCUGCGGCGUUUGUGUGGCGGGGUGGCUGUUCGUCGCGUCCGCAAGAGUCUGGGGCAAGAGGCACCUGUUUCUCCUAGGAGCCUUGCUCAUGGUCGCAAGUUCGGCCUGGGGCGGCUCUACACAUAUCGGUCACGAUUAUGCCAGUCUACUGUGGAGCCGUGUCUUCCAAGGUGUCGCUUUGGCACCUUUCGAGGCCCUGGUCAAUGCUUGCGUCGGCGAUCUAUACUAUGUCCAUGAGCGUGGAAUUCGAAUGGCCAUCACAAACACAUGUCUUUUUGGAGGAGCUUUUCUGACGCCAGUCUUCGUGGGUAUGAUCACUGCUCACAUGGGCUGGCAAUGGAGCUUUUUCUUCCUUUCCAUCUUCAUGGCCGUGGGAUUCUUCCUCCUAUUCUUCUUCGUGCCUGAGACGGCUUAUCGACGAGCACAUUCUCUCGACCUUGAUCUUCUUGCCGAAGAAGACUCGUCGAAAGAGACGGUCGGGAGGCCUGAGAUGUCGACUGCAAAGGAUGCGGAGGAAAAGCCUCUCCACUCUCCAGCCGUUGUCGAAACAUCAUCCCCAAGGUAUUCCUACUGGCAACGAUUAAUACCAUUCAAUGGUCGAAAAACCGAUGAGUCCUUCUUCAAGCUACUUCUUCGGCCAUUUCCGCUGUUCCUGCAUCCUGCGGUUCUGUGGGCUUGCUUGAUUCAAGGUGUGAUCAUAGGCUGGACUGUCAUGGUCGGAGUUAUUCUCUCUCUGAUCUUCCUAGGCCCGCCUCUCUUCUUUAAUGAAGAGAGAGCCGGCAAGAUGUAUACCAGUGCGUUCAUCGGCAGCAUCAUCGGCCUGCUCGGUGCUGGUCUCUACAGCGAGUUCACCACCCGAUUCAUGAUCAGACUCAACAGGGGCAAGUACGAACCGGAGUUCCGUAUACUGCUCGUCAUACCUACGCUUAUGUUCUCUUGUAUCGGUCUCUACGGCUUCGGUAUAACAGCGAACGACGUGGCCCGCUAUCACUGGAUCGUCCCCGAGGUAUUCCUCGCUUUCAUUAUAAUCAGCAUGGUUAUGGGCUCCAUCGCCUCGGCCCAGUACCUCCUCGACGCGCACCGCGAUAUUGCAGUUGAGGCCUUCACAAACCUCAUCAUCUUCAAGAACAUCUUCUCUUUCAUCCUGGCAUACCAUGCCUUCAAUUGGGUAUUUGCGAUUCGCAUCAACCAUUUAUUUAUUAUAUUCGGUAGCAUCGAGAUCGCUAUCUGUAUGCUGAGUGUUCCCAUGUAUAUCUUUGGGAAGAAGAACCGAGAGUUUUUCCACCGGCACGAUCUAUUGAAAAUGACGAAGCUCCGAUGA